AUGCUACUCCGGAUAUCAUUAUUCCUGCUUUUCGCUAUUUUCUUAAAUCAAGCAACCGCACGGGUGGUCCGGCGACAGGCAGACCCCGAUGAGGGUGAACUCCAUUCUGACCACGUAUUCCGCGCCGAGGAAAUAAUCGAUUUGCCGGUGGGGCGAUUUCCGGAUCCGGAAUGUCAGUAUACCGUCCGGCAUAGGGCUCCUGACGGGCCGCCGGCGCAUGGCGACGUCCGUAUCGGCGACCCGUUAUGGCAUGAAUGGAGUUGUAGCUAUGGUCCUCUGGCCUCUUCAAUGUACUGUAUGAUUGUCAACAAUUGUACGGUAGCUGAAAAUCGACGAGCAUCCUAUAAGGUGCCAAUUCUCGAUGAAUUCGGCUGCUCUUUAUUUCCGACAAUUCUGCCCCACGUACAGUAUACCAACGAUCUCGCGGCAAAUUUACCAGUUCAUGCGUUUAGUUUGGAUAUUGAUAAGGCAGCCGUCUUCUUCGAGUGCAACAUCAAGCUGCUGCUGAAGUUGAACGGCGUUUGCCGGAGGCCAAGCUGCGUUCCCAUUGAGAAAUUUCGAGAGGGAGUUGGGGCGCUU